AUGGGCCUGCUGGAUGGACUUGUUUUGGGCUUUACCCGCAAGAGCAAGUUUGGGCGAUCCCACUCCUUACGGCCACUUACCAGUAAGCGCGCUAACCGCCGAUUCUACAAGGGUAAUGGCUGUCGCAACGAAGGUACGCACGCCAAGCGUGGUCGCUACGUCGUGGACAAGAAUAAGCAGCUCCAGCUCGAGGUACCCGAUCUCACUGGAUUCAAGCUCAAGGCGUACGUGUCACCGCUAACUCCUAAUCGUCGCCCGCAAUAG